AUGCUGCUGCUGAGGGGCCCCCGCCGCCUGCGCCCGCCCGCGCCCCGCGCCCCGGGCCGGGGGGGCUCGCGGCCGCCGCCGCCGCCGCCGCCGCAGGUUUUGUGUGUGAAGAAGCUGAGUGGAAGGCUGAAAUGCUAUCAAGCACAUUUUUACAGCACAGUGGCGCCACCUGAUGAAGUAACAGUUAGUUACAGACAUGGCCUUCCCUUGAUUACACUCACGUUGCCAUCCAGAAAUGAGCGCUGCCAGUUUGUGGUCAAACCCAUGUUAUCAACAGUUGGUUCGUUUCUUCAGGACAUACAAAAUGAAGAUAAAGGUAUCAAAAAUGCAGCCGUCUUCACCACAGAUGGCACUGAGAUUGCAACUUCAACCUUGAUGGGAUUUUUGCUAAUGAAUGAUUUUAAACUUGUCAUUAAUAAAACAACAUACGAUGUACAAUGCCCCAAGAAAGAAAAACUGAGCAGUGAGCACACUACCGACUUGGAAGAUAUGAAAUCCUUGGUUCACCGGCUGUUCACAGCCUUGCAUUUAGAAGAGUUUCAGAAAAAGAGGGAGCACCAUUUACUGGAGGAAAUUGACCACCUGAAGGGACAGCUGCAGCCCCUCGAACAGAUGAAAGCUAAAAUUGAAGCUCGCUCAGCAGCUAAAACCAGUGGACUCCUGUGGGCUGGAUUGGCGCUGCUGUCCGUUCAGGGUGGGGCUUUGGCCUGGCUCACUUGGUGGGUGUAUUCCUGGGAUAUCAUGGAACCAGUUACAUACUUCAUCACAUUUGCAAAUUCCAUGGUCUUCUUUGCAUACUUUCUAGUGACUCGACAGGAUUAUACUUACUCAGCUAUUAAGAGGAGGCAUUUUCUUCACUUCUUUUAUAAGAAAUCAAAGCAACAGCAUUUUGAUGUGGUGCAAUACAACAAGUUAAAAGAAGAUCUUGCUAAGGCUAAUGAAUCCCUGAGCCGGUUACGCCGCUCUCUCUAUUUGCGAACACAAGUAGAGGAACUCAAUGAAAAGAACUAA